AAACUAUUUUUCACGCAGAUUGUGAGGAGUUACUUAAUUUCAGUGCCUUCUUUAUGUGGGAAGGAGGAGAGACUGUUUAACGCGAAGUAAACAACUGAGAAAGAUUGUCAUCAUGAAGUUACAUGUGGCAUUAUUUUUUGCUGGGCUCUUCGGUGCCUUGGCAACUCUUUUCAUUCUCUUGUCUUUUGGCACGGACUAUUGGCUCUUGGCAUCUGAGACCUGCAAUUCACAUUCAAAUGGUCCGGUUACUUUGCAGCGAGGUGAUAUUGUGGUUAACCAGGGUCAGGACCAAUUUAGUGAAGACCAGAACAUUACCUUUCAUCAUGAGGGCUUCUUUUGGCGCUGUAGCUUUAAUGAAAUCAUGAAUGAUGAUGAUCUGUGGAAGUUCUGGUUUGUAAAUCAGCCACAUGCGAGGGAAUGCAAACCUGCAUAUCUUCUUCCCUUUCCAUUCCCUGACCAGAGCUACAACACUACCAGUUAUCAGACUGCCAUAAUCUACAGAGGUUUCUGGAGCGUCUCUAUGUUGCUGGGUGUGGCUGCUGUGGUGGCCAGUGGUUUCAUUAUUAUUUGCGCAGCUCCAUUUGCCAAUCACUGCCUUUAUAAAGUAGGAGGUGGACUCUACCUCAGUUCUGGUUUCUUCCUUCUCGUUGUCACUGUUAUGUAUGUUUUUUGGUUAGAUGUUUUGGAUGUAAUAAGCUCGUAUAAGGAAUAUCAGAAGACGAAUAAGUGCUCUGAUUUCGAGCUCAGUAUGAGUUAUGGCCUCUCUUUCAUGUUUGCUCCGGUGGGCGUGUUCUUCUGUCUUCUAUCUGGUCUUCUCUUCCUGGUGAUUGGCCGAACAGUCCAACAUCAUUAUAACUGAACCUCGUGAACUCUUUCAAAACAAUUGCACAAAAUGCAUUAAAGUGAUAGUUGACCCCAAAAUUUAAAUUGUCAUAAUUUA